AUCUCGGGAUUGUUUCGCACCAAGAGGAAAGUGGAAGUUUCCGCGCAGACCGUGAACGCAGCAGCAACAUCCACCGGAGCCGAGACAUCAGAAAGCCGUCCGUCAUCUUAUUAGAAUCCAGACGAAAUUAAAAGCAACAAUGAAUGUCGAUCAUGAAGUGAAAUUGCUGGUGGAGGAGAUUCAGCGACUCGGCAGUAAAGGUGCUGAUGGUCAAACCAGAGUGAAGUUUGGGGUCCUGUUUAAUGACGACCGGUGUGCCAACAUCUUCGAGGCGUUGGUGGGCACCCUGAGGGCAGCCAAGAAGAGAAAGGUGAUCAAUUUUGAGGGCGAGCUGCUGCUGCAGGGCGUCCAUGAUAAUGUUGACAUCGUCCUGCUCCAGGAAUGAGGCCAAAGUUGGUAUCAGACGGUCUUCUGGCGACUUACUGAAUCCUCUCAAAUACCGAGCUUCUGCCAUCUACCGGCUUGUCAUUGAGCUUCUGUUUUCAGUUCUCUUCCUUCAUGUGCCGGCCUCAGUAUUUGAGUUUCAACCGAUUAGAUCAAACCGUACGGGCACAGCUGGCAUGUCUGCAUAUUAUUUCAUUUGAUUUUACUUUGCCAAACAGUAUCACAAAGAGUAAUAUGAGAAUAUUUAAGAGCCACAUUCAUGGUUUCAUAUGACUAGGAAAAUAUCUAUUUCUCUCCUCAGGCACUGGUGUUAUCAACCACGGGUCUGAAAUGUGAUUUUGAUACACUUUUAAGACUAUAAAGGCACAAAUCAGGAAUGUAAUCUGUGUAACACAUUUUAUUUUAUUUUUAUUUUUGAAGAAGUUACAAACCAAAUGGCUCUCUUGAUGGAGUCGGGAGGAAGGACACAUGGAACAAGACACUUUGACAGACUUCUUCACAUUUUUUAUUAGAGCACUCUGACCUUGACAUAUUGUUUGUUUCUUUUCUGAAAGCUGCAAAAAAUAAUUCCCUUAUCAGCCUCAAGUGGCAAUGGGAGUUAAGACAUCAGUACUUACAAAGCAUAUCAUGUGUUUUCACAUUUAAUCUAGUUUAUUAAGUCUAUCAGCAGAGUGUGUUUCCACCAACAGUGUCACCAAAAAGCAGUUGGUUCAUUUAUUGUUUACAUGAGCCAUUUCUACUACCUCUUCUGGGCUUUGUAAAAAGACCUUAUUAGACCAGUGCUUUUGGAAAUACAAGAACAAUUCCUUCAUAGAAACUACAAAGACAAGUGCAUUUCAAGACAGACUUUUCCACCUUUUUGUACUCAAUGCAAUCUACUAGAGUAGUUUUUAUUCCAUCUUUUUACAUGUGGUCAAAAGUGACUUUUUUUUCUGCUAAACAAACUCUAAAACUUGCCUUUUGUAAGAAACAGUUGAUGAGCAAAUGGCGAAUGUAUUUCUUGUGCAAUUUUUAUUAGUGUAUAAUAAUUACAGGGUGAUUGGUGCCAGAUGCAAAAGAUGAAUUUGUGAUGUUUCUCAGGACCAAAUCAACAGAACCAAAAUAUGUUUAAAUGUCCUGUAGCUGAAAUUAGUCUUAUUUGUGACACAAUAUGUGCAUUUAUAGUUUUAUUAGUUAUAUAUUUUUAUUUGAUUUUAGCAUUCUUUGUUCUGGACUGUAGGUCAAAUAAUGUAAUACUUGCAGAUCAGGCGCGACCAUUUUGCUUGGUUUCGACAAGCAUUCCCAGCCUGUAUGGAAGCCUAAAGUGGUCAAAAGGAAAUAGAUACAGACAAAAUAUGUAAUAAGACAUGAAUUUGUGAAUCCUAUAGUUUUCUUUAAACUCUCCUCUGGGAAUCGUGAUUUAGUUUAUUUUUUUCAGGUACAUUUAAUUUAACUCCAGUUGUUUUUAUGUUUUUUUUGUUUGUUUUUUUUUACUUCAAAAUUAAAUUUUUCCAAGUAACUAUUACAUUUAAAAAUUCCACUGUUCAGCAGUGAGGAUUUGGCAGGGCGGAUACAGCUACGUGAUUGGCUGUUCACCCAGUCAGACCAAAGAAACAGCCAAUUCCGCAUCUGGCUAUAAAUUACCUGAAAAACCAACAAUCUCCACAUAUUUUGCAUGAAUGUAACACAAGAUACUUGGCAGUCGUUGUGCUGCAUAAUGCAUAAUAUCAAGAUUUAUAUCACAACAAGUCAGCCCUGUGAGACCACGCCUCGUCUGCAAGUUUUAUGAGAAGCAUUUCACACUCACUGCUGUUGUAUCAACCUAGCAUGUUGUUUUUAUGCUCAGGUGUUGGCUGUUUUGUUUCAGCUUGACUUGAAUUAUGUCGUCUUCUUUUUUUCUGAACCCAAUAAUAGGACAUUGUGCUCUUAACAGCAUUGGUGGAUUAAAAAUGUGUUUUAAAUCAGGAAAACUGAAUGAGCAAAAUGUGUAUGAUGAUCAUGAAUGAAGCUGAAAUGUAGCCUUAAAAACUAAAUUGUAAUCAUUUAGAAUACAAAAUGAUAUGGGCAAAGUAGAAGACUGAAAGGUUCAGGAAAUAUUGGAGAAAAGCAAGAGUUGGGAAGAAACAUGCUGCUUGCAUCACUGUCAUUUUGAAUUGUCCUGCUGUGUGUUGCUCUGGAGUGGGUUGAUCAUAAAUGCACAAGUUAACACUUACCAAGGGGAGAAAGUUAUGAUCAGAGCAGUGCCAAUACCUCAAGCCAUUUCUGUGAACUUGUUGCCUGCCUGCGUGAUGUGUUCAUGUGCAUCAUUACUGUCUUUUUGUAUCGGCAAUAACACAUUCCUAAACACAUAAAGGUUUCUGUUACUGCGGAAUAAACACAGGAAUAAAAUAUUUACACUUGAAGCCUUUAA